GCAAUGCUUAACUAGUGCUUUCGGCCUCGACGUUUAAGCGAAGCGAUCGGCCUCGCUUCGGCUGCAUGAAUCAUGACAUUAUCCAAGCUACAGUAUGCUCGACAAUCUACGAUUGGAACACUGAAAAUAAUUGAAGAAUAAUUUUUUGAAUAGACUUAUUACUUCACAUUAUCAAGGAACGGAUAACGCCAACUUUGCAAGAGAAAAUACAACCCCUAAUAACCAUUGUCCUCUUGCUGACCAAUUUCCCUAUUUCACAAGUUCAAAUAAUAACUACACUAACGCUGCGUUGCAUUUAAGCAGGCGGGGGAGGGGGCGGGGGCUGGUCGCUCGGGGGCUAUGUCAAUGUUAGCAAGGAGCACUUCAGGAGAAAAUUCACUGAUAACUUACAGGAGGCGGUGGUCCGUCACCAGGAGGGGGAGGAGGUGGUGGGCUACCAGAGCCGUAGUACAUCGAGGGCAUUCCUGGGGGCGGGGGAGGAGCACCCAGGCCUGGAGGAGCACCAGGAGCACCCAUGCCCGGAACGGGAGGAGCGUAUCCUGGGUAUCCUCCAUAUCCAUAGGCGGCAGCUGGUCCACCAGGCGGAGCUUGUUGCUGCCAAGGAGCAGCUCCAGGGGCACCGGGGGCACCGGGAGCACCAGGAGCACCGUAACCACCAUAGCCGUAGCUGUCGCCUCCACGACCCUGGGCAGCCCAUGGGGCCGCCGACCCGUAGUCUCGGGAGCCAUAGUCAUCACGGCGGUUGUCUCGGCCUCUCUGUUGCCAGGGAGCCACAUCGCUGGGAGGCGGGCCACGCUGCCACGGCUUCGCAUCACGGUCAUCAUAACCUUGGUCGGGACCGGCUUCAAUACGGCGAGGAGCGUAGCCGUUUUCAUCGGCCGCACCUCCAGACAGUUCAUUCAUGAGUUGCUAGACAGUAUGUUAGUGCCGUUAAGAGAAGCAAGAGAAUCGAAAAAAGCUUACCUCCAUCUCACGGUCGACAGCAUCACCACCACCAAUAGCUCUGGGGUUACGUCCACCGGGACCGCCGCUGCCGUAGCCAUUGUUGCGCCAGUCAGAGCCUCUCUGGCGGUCGGGACAGUCACGAGCCAUGUGGCCUGCAUUGCCACAGACACGACAGAUGAUAUUGGCAGUGAAGUUGCGUUGCUCAGGGCAGUCAUACUUGCGGUGUCCGAUUUGACCACCUGUUUUGGUUGUUAGAAAGAUAUGAUAACGUGUACUGGAAAAUGAAUGACUUACAGUUCUGACAAGCCUGGUUUUCAUCGUCACGGAGAGUACCGUUAAGAGCGGCAAGCUCUCGGAGUUGAUUCCGCUUGAGCUCGUUCUGACCUUCAGGGAUCGAAGCAGCCUGUU